ACGGUUUGUUUAUCUCUGCAGACGAAACUCCGGAUCAAAACGCACGCCAGAAAAGAUUAGUUAUAUAAAACUACAAACUGUUGCUGUUGCCAUCGCCUUCAACCAGUCACCGUCAAUCUGGAGGAGAAGAGAGAGGCGGUUGUCCACGGCCCGAGUAUGGCUAGUGGUAUGAUUUUGGCUGGCCUAGGCCUGGCCACCGUAGGCUUUGGUGCUCGUUUUGUUCUUCGCACAAUGCCCAACUUGGGAAAGAAGAUGGCAGAUGCAGUUACCAACAUGCCAAAGCUGGAUAGUAAGAGUCUGGCUAACAGUAGAUAUUACAAAGGAGGAUUUGAACCCAAGAUGACAAAGAGAGAAGCUGCUCUUAUUCUAAACAUUUCACCCAAUGCCAAUCAGCAAAAAGUUAGAAUGGCCUACAAGAAGAUGAUGCUGACAAACCACCCAGACAGAGGAGGAUCUCCAUACAUUUCAGCCAAGCUCAGCGAAGCAAAAGAUCUCUUGGACAAAUAAAUACACACCAGAA